UUUUAACAAAGUGUUUUCCAAGAUUGUUGAUGCCAAGAUUUUUUUCGGAAAGUUGCCAGAUUACCCAUAUUGAAUAUCAAUGACCCAGAGAAGAUUGCAUAUCGGAAUGAGAUUAAAUGAUCGGAAAACGAGAUUAGAAUAGAUAUAAUUAUAACAAUAGAAUAAUUGGGUAUAAUUGUAACAAUAGAAUAAAUGAGGUGAGAUCGAUGAAAAUUGACGGAUGCGGCUCGCACGCGCGCAUGACACGCGCCAUGGCUUCCCGGACGCACGUGCAGCGCGUCAGGAUACUGUACAAGACAAUUUUGAGGUUACACCGGGGUCUACCGGCCGAGGUCCGGCCCCUGGGCGACGGUUAUGUCCGCGACGAGUUCCGGAGACAUAAGGGAUGCGUGGAGAGCGAGGCGAUCAUCUUCCUCCACGAGUGGACUAAUUACGCGAUCACUCUUGCCGAGCAGCUCGGGCUGAGGGGCCCUCACACGGGAAAGCCGCUCGGUAGGUACCUGAAGGAAGAGGACCUGGAGAAGUUGCGGGACGAGCAAGUGUGCCAGCUGUACGAGCUGAUGAUCGCGGCGAUGGGGAAAGUGGACGGGGACGAGAAGAAGAGAACGUAGCCACGUGCUCGCACCGACCUAAAUUAGAAACUUCCUAGUGAAUUCGAGUGAAUUUCUUCAAAAUUGUAUCGCUGAAAUGCAAAUAAAUGAUGACUCGCUCGGAUCAACCGGUCCUGCUGGAAGCCGUUGUUUCUGAAUAAUAAUAAUAAUAAUAUCAAGCUUGAUAAAGCGAGACAAACAGAAGUGUAAUGUAUGAUAAUGAAUACAACACAAGGUAAUAAUUAGGGAAUUGUGAACAAGGCCACAGCCAAAAUGCUGGUUUGCUAAUCAAUAAGUAAAAGUGACCCAAUACAAUUUGUAAUAAUAGUAUAAUAUAUAAUAGUUGCAUACAUAUAAAUAUAAUAAAGAGAUCGCGAUCACAUUUCGGAA